AUGAUCUUAGGAGAAAAUGUUAAUGAAUAUAGUACAGAGGCUCUUCCUCAACUAGAAAUUCAACUGAAAAAUAUUCCUGAGGUUCUACAAUAUUCGGUAAAAAGUUUUGAACUGAGAGGAGUCUGCAGCUAUCGUCGUGGACUCAGUCGACUUAGAUCAUCAAUAGGUCACUAUUAUGCGUUAUGUAAACGUGGACCCCACAACUGGGAAAUCUACGACGAUCUACUAAAAAAAACCAAACCUUUAGGUAUACUUGACAAUGUACCUAUGUCAUAUACAUUAGUUAUUUUAUUUUUAUUUAUUCUUCAAGAAGAUAAUGGCCCCACUGAACAUGUUCGUGUUAUGAACUUGAAAAAAAAAUCCGAGAUUUCAAUAUUGGGGGGGCUGGUGAAACGGACCUCUAUUAAACAACUAAUCAAUGACACAGAUACAAAAAUAACGAUUGAAGCAGCAAAACGUGAAAAAGACAUCCAAUUGGUGAAGACAGCAAGUCAAGACAACACUAGUACGAGAAUUAGCAAUAUUGAACUAACAAUGCCGACUUUCAGUGGCGAAACGAACGAGCACCCAAAACAAUUCCUGAAAAACCUGAACUCGUACUUGUUGCACAAACACAUCACCCAGGCUGAUCGAAUGAUUACAAUUGAAAAUUGCAUGAGAGGAAAAGCUGAAAAUUGGUUUACCAUGAUAAAAGAUGUGGCACCAAACGAAGAUAUAUUUAAGGCACUUUUUCUGAAACAUUUUUUCUCUGAGGACCGUCAAUGGGACAUCUUUAUAAAGUGCAAGGAAGCAGGGAAAAAACCAAUAAACAGUAACUUCCAGGAACAUUUUCAUUAUUGGAUGACAGAGCUGAAGUUCCUGGACUCUCCAAAAAUGGAUGAAACACGGGCUAUUAACCUAAUAACGAAACAUUUCCCUAUAGCCAUUCAGGUGUACAUACAGACAGCGCAAGAAAAAAAAUUCCUCAUCAUAUGGGAAAAAUUGGGCGAAUUAGAAAAUAGUUACAACAAACAGAAUAGCUUCGUUCAGCAUGUGAUAACUAAUAAACAACCAUUUACUAGUCGGUAUGGUCGUACAUACGACAACCAAACACAGCCGUUUACUAGUCGACACGGUGACACGAAUAGUGCUCAGCCGCAACAAGUCACAGGCCGAUAUGCACAAGCAAAAUCUACACAACAAAAUAAUGCUCAACAACCAGGUUCACGACAACUAAUGGGUGAGACAAGUGGACAGACACAGUUUGUGUCAAAGAUAGGUACAAAAACAAUCAGAUGUCUUGUAUCACGCGAUGACACGAAUAACGAGUCAGCCAUUGAAGAGGGAGAUGUAGAUAUCGAUGACGAUAAAAAAAACAUAUACGGGGAGGCUAUGGUGACGGAAGACCAAUAG